GAGUCGUAUAAUAGGAUUUGAUUAAUUAAAGAGGUUUUAGAGCCUCGCAAAAAACGCCAUGGACGAAGAAGAAAUUGGAAUUCUCAGCGAUCCAAACAAUAUGGAACAAGUGUCCGAUAUUUUGCAACGAUUUCUGAAAAAUAAUGAGAACGUGUUCUCGUUUCCUAAUUUAUCUGAGAAUAGUCGAGCGUUGCUGUGGACGGCGCUAUUCCAGCAAUUGCAAAACCCUGACGCUGCUCCAGUUCAUGCGCUGUCCUUAGCGUCUGUUAGAGUAUUGAGCCGUGAUAAAGAAGGCCUGGAAAAUUUGAUCACUGAGAAAUGGAUCACUGUAUUAAUUGAAAGAGCUGGACUGUAUAACUUUGAAGUGCUUGAUGAAGAGUCCGCAGUGCCAAUCAUUAACAUACCUAAUAAGGAUGUAGCAAUGGAAGCCCUGAAAUGCCUUUGCAACAUUGCUUUUAACAGUGAAGUAGCUAGGGCUUUGUGUGCGCACACCAGCAUUGCUCAAGGCCUUGUGGCUAGAAUGAGAGUGUACAAAGACAUUCCUUUUAAAGAAGACAUAAUGCUUUAUGACAUGAAGCUACUGUUCAUACUAACUGCUUUAAGAAGGGAUAUAAAGUUAAAAAUACGGUGUGAGCUUCAUGGUAUGGAUUACUUGAUCAGUUGCUUGAAUGAAUUGCUACUGGAGGCUUCAAGGACUGAAAUUGUGGGUGCGACUAGUGGUUUGGUUGAAGGGGGCCCACACUACUUCCUCAAUGAUAGUCAACAAGCCAUAGCCUGUGAGAAUCUUAAAACCCAGUUCAACCUGGUAUUGCAAGCAACUACAGAAGAAGAAGAUGAGGCCAUGUACAUGAAGAUAAUGCCAGUGUUAACUGCUUUGCUGUAUGCUCAUACAACUUGUGAAGAAAAAUUGAUGGAACUGCGUAUUAAUAUUGCUAAUUUGCUGACAAGUGUGCCACUUACUUUCUACCCAUUCCUGACACCACAACUAAAUAGUGGAGAAAAAGCGCAAUACGUAUUUGAUGGAAGGAACAUGGAUGCCUUGCAGGCUCUCGUGCAGCUACUUCAGUACAAAUUGACUAACACUACAAACACAAAGUAUCAAUACGAGAACUUGUCACCAAUCUUAACUGUGAUGAACAAAUGUGCCCGCGGCUGUCGAGAACAGAGGAAGUACUUACGACAGGUUGUUCUACCGCCACUGCGGGACGUCCAUCGCCGUCCUGAACAGGGACAUACCCUGAGGAACCAGAUGUGCAGACUUCUUACUACUCCUGUGACUUCGGUCAGAGAUCUCGUUGCUGAAUUCCUGUUCGUUCUUUGCAAAGAGAAAGUAGGUCGAAUGGUGAAAUACACCGGGUUUGGUAAUGCGGCUGGUCAUCUAGCCCAAAAGGGUCUACUAGGCGGCUCUGAGGGCGCCCUGUAUUCUUCUAGCAGCGACGAUUCGGAUACCGACGAGUACUUGGAGGCCCAGCCCAAUAUUGACCCCGUUGUCGGAUGUACUAUGCCUCCUAGAGUUAAUCCCUUUGAAGGCAUGUCAGAGGAACAGAAAGAAUACGAGGCAAUGAAGCUUGUGAACUUGUUUGACAAGAUGGUAUCUGAAGGUGUAGUGAAGCCUGCGCGGGUCGGCCCGGACGGUCGCCCGCAACCAAUCGAGCACGUCCUCGAGUUCCGAGAACACACGCCGAAUAGACCUCAGUCUUAAAACAUUCAUGCACGAUUUUAUUUGAAACAAUUAUGCCAGCAGAUGACGGAAGUCUCUCGUCGUACGUGCCAUUUACGACAAAUUAAGUCAAAUGUUAAAAAGUAAAAUAAAAUUAUAGUAAUACAAGUAUGGUAACUUCACAUAAAUGUGCAGCGCGGUUUAUACAUGUACACGGCCGCUGCGCGUCGUGUACGGAAGCACACAUUCGCAUAAUCAGGUCAACGUGAAUGCACCACGGCAUUCACGUUGCAUAUCGCGGGUCAUUCCACGUGCCAUCCAUUACAUAAUUUAAUCGUUCGGUCGGUGUUUACAAAAUGACAUCAAAUAGUAUCCGUGUUUAUUAUUGUUUGAAUGAGAGUGCCUCAAAUUCAUAAUUGUUCAGCAUUUAAUUUAUAUUUUAUAAUCAUACUAUAAUUGGGAAACCAAGCGAUACUUGUAUAAAAUUAUCAUUACGUAAGUACUGCAUUUGACAAAGGUUAUUUCAGUAUAGAAUAUAGUGAUGAACACCUUAAUUAA